CCACGUCAGCUUUCCGAAUUUCUGCCUGGCGGAGAAAGAGGCGAGAAGCAACCCAUGUCCGUGGAAUCCGAGGCGUAGAAAGACGGCGGCGUGGAGGGAGGGGGCGGACGGCCGGCCGGCGACGGUAUACCAUGAUGGAUUUUGACGACAGGGUCCCUGUCGGAUCGAACAUGUAUUUACCCAGCUGCACCUACUACGAGUUCUCCGCGCUGCCUUCCUUUUUGUCGCAGAGUCCGUCCACGCGACCCUACUCGUACUCGUCCAACCUCCCGCAGGUCCAGCCGGUCAGGGAAGUGACGUUCCGGGAGUACGCAGCCAUCGACGCGUCCAGUAAAUGGAGCCACCGCGGUAAUCUGGCGCAGUGCUACCCGGGCGCCGACGACAUGGUGCACCCAGCGCAAGCGGACAUUUUCGGCAAGAGUAGCCCGGCUGCAGCUGCCGCUUAUCACCAUCAUCACCACCACCACCACCAUCACGCCGCCGCAGCAGCAGCGGCUGCCGGUUCCUCUAAUUUUUACGGCAACGUGGGGCGGAACGGCGUCCUCCCGCAAGCUUUCGACCAGUUCUACGAAACCGCAUACGGCCCCUCGUCGGAGAGCUCAUCGGCCAACUUCCCCGCGGACAAGCCGUCCAGCAAGCCGCCCGCUUCGGCUCCGGAUGACUCCGUCUCGGGGUCCUCCGAAGCUAAGGAGCCCCGCGAGGAGGACAACAGCAGCCCCGAGCUGUCUUCCGGCAACAAUGAGGACAAAUCCGCCAGCAAUGGAGCCAGAACCCGCAAGAAGAGGUGCCCCUAUUCCAAAUAUCAAAUCCGAGAACUGGAGCGCGAGUUCUUUUUCAGCGUGUACAUUAACAAGGAGAAGCGUCUGCAGUUGUCUCGGAUGCUCAACCUGACCGACCGCCAAGUCAAGAUCUGGUUUCAGAACCGCCGCAUGAAGGAGAAGAAGCUCAACAGAGACAGAUUGCAAUAUUAUACCGCCAACCCACUGCUUUAGUCAAGCGGGCGGCGAUUUAUUUGGACCGACACCGACGACGUGACUCUCUCAGGCUGCGGUUGUAAUUGUCUCGCCGCCGACAUAACAGUGGUUCUUUUCAAGUUCGGGGGUGGAAAGAUUCCCCACCGAGUUGGGACUCUGACUGAAUCCGUGUAUUUUGUUAUCAAAAAAAUGUAAUUAGAUUUUUUUUUUGUAUGAAAUCACAAGUCAUGUUUAAUAAGCGAAUCAAUACAAGCAUUGGUGUGACCAAAUGACGUCAGAACGAAUGAGAAUGUAACGUGAUGUUUUUUGUUUUUGUUUUUGGGGUGUGUGUAUUUAUUUUGUAGGCACUCGUUUACUAUAUUUUCAUGUCACGGCUAAUUGUAUUUAUAUCUACUUUUUAAUACCCCAUAAUGUCAUUAGAUUAUUAUUUUUUUCUUCUUAAAGCGACUUUGUAGUCAAAUACUGCAGGUCUAACCACCAGAGACAUAAGCUCGUCCAUCCACGGGAGUUGCACUGACUUAAUACACGCCCAAAAAUGCAGGUAUAGUAGAAACAUGGAGCCGUGUUCUGAUUCGACUCAACUCCGUUUGUUCUGUUUUUAUUUUCACGAUUGACGCAUUUUGUGAAUAUAAUGUCGAACAAAAGUUGAAUUUCGUGGAUGUGUCAGGGCGAAAAGCUGGUCAGGGUCGUCCAAUCUCUCGCUUGUUUUGCCCCAAACACAAUUGUGUAUUAUACUAU